UUGGAGACUGAAAAACGCAAGGCCGAGCAUGUGGUGAGCGAAACAGAAGCUCAACGAGAAGCAAUCGAACGUUCACUGAGCACUUUAGAGCAUGAGAACAAGGUAUGA